AUGGCUGACCCAGAAGAAAACCCUACUUGGUACAAAGCUCGUCAAUGGGCAAAACCUUGCAGUCAGUGUACAGAUCGCCGGAUUUGUUGCAAAAUCCUGGGCGCUGCUAGAAGGAUUCAUGCCAGAAACGUGAAAUGCAACUUGUGCCAAUAUAGACAAGUCGCCUGCAACCUCACCAACAUUAUCCCACUCAAGCUUCCUUCAGAAAAAUGGUAUUCUGGAUUUUGCAAGGCAAGGCUGGGCAAGUUUCCAGCAGAAGAACUAACUCGAGCGGAUGCCAAUCUGCCAGUCUUUGAUGGACACGAUCACCACGUCGAGGAAAUCCGCAAAGUUCAAAUGGAGAGGGCAGCCAGGAAUGCAGGAAAACCACCCCAAGAAGCUUCCAAGGACGAGUUCAACGUCGGAUUACCCUCAAUGUCUCGCAAGCGGAAAGGCAGCACCAAGGAAAACAACAACGAUACAUCCACCACCAAAAAAUCCAAACUCGCAGAUACCUCAGCCACGAAUAACGGAGCUUCAAAGGGAAAACAAAAAGCACCGCCAUCCGCUGAUUCAAAGUCUGCUCAGCCACGUCGUUCCAAUGUUGCAUUUGAAAUGCACGGCUGGCAAGAUCCCACAGAGAUCAAACUGAUGAGCUGA